GGGAUGGGGCUGUUUGCGAAAAAGGCUAUUCCCAUGGGGAGUGUCGUGUUCAGUGAGCAGGUCAUGUGUGUGCGCGCUGAGGAUAUGCAGAGUUGUCGGGAUCCGUGGGAUAGUGAGGUUUUGUUGGACAGUUUGGCUAGGGAUAUGGGGUAUGAGUGGCAUGAGAAGUUUUUGGAGCUGGGUGGUGGUGGAGAGAGGCCUGGGGGUCGGUGCGUGAAGAUCUGGAGCAAGUAUUAUCUGACGGCGAAGUCGGAUGAUAAGGAUGCGAGCGUUCUGGGGCUGGGCCUCGCGUGGCUGAACCAUUCGUGCGUGCCGAACUGUACCCUGACGCUGGUCAAGAGGCAUCCGUAUAAAGGCAGUGCGAGGGCGGCGGUGGCGGCCGGGGGCGAGUUUCUGAUGCCCGAAGAGCCGGUGGUGACGUGUGCAGUGGUGAAAGCCAUGAAGAAUAUCGAGAAGGACGAAGAGAUCACGAUUUCCUACUUGCCGCUCCAUGGCGUGUUUGUGCAGAGGCAGAUGAUGUGUCUUGCAAGGGUCAAUUUCUCCUGCGCAUGCCACUAUUGUUCCAAGCCGAGCGCCUUCGUUGAACAGACAUACGAGAAGCAGAACGAUGUUGAUCUGUUGAUGAAUUGCCCUCAUGUCCUCGAGCGCCGACCAGCGUUGGUCUUCUACGCCGCCUGCGACCUCCUGGACCGUCUCGUCGUGCUGGAGUACAAUUCCCUCCGCAUCGCGCAUACCUGGGCGCACAUAGCCAUCAUUGCCGGGUUCCAUUCAGACAUUGCACGCGCCGUCACCUUUCUGGAUAAGGCGAUAGCAAGCAUUCGAGCUUUGCGUCCAGCCCAGGACCUGUUUCGGCGAAAAUAUACGCGCUGGCGACAUAACCUUGAAGAGAUGCCGGGAUUCGGAACCUCAUCCUGGGGCAUGUCAACCGAAGGACAAGGGGAAGAGCUCAACUUGUUCGAGGAGGCCGAUCUCCAAGCCAUGACUCUUGCUAAGCCGAACGAAUACCUGCGCGUGGGACAAUACCGGCGCCUCACCGAC